AUGAUCGCGCGCCAAGCUUCGCCCAACCCCCCUGCCUCACCCAUCACCCCAGUGUCUGCCUCUGGAUCCUCAGCUCAGGAAAAACCGAGCGACUAUGUCGUGUUUGAGCGCAACCCGAAAGCGUUGAGCGGGAACGCGAUGCAGCGCGCGACGGCGGCGAAGCUCAAACUGGAGCAUUUUUACAAGCUUGCCGUCGAGGCUGCUAUCGAGCGGAACGGACGUCGCGUAGAACUGGAACGCAAGCUCGCUUCGGACCUCAUUAUGCCUGACGAACGCAAACAGCGGCAGUUGCUCCAGCUCGGGAGGAAGGAGUCGCUUUUCCUCCGUCUGCGGCGCACCAAGCUGGGAUUAGACAAUUUCAGCACGGUCAAGGUCAUCGGUAAGGGCGCGUUUGGAGAAGUCAGGCUUGUGCAAAAGGUCGACACGGGCAAGAUUUACGCAAUGAAGACCCUGCUCAAGGCAGAGAUGCUUAAACGCGAUCAGCUGGCCCAUGUACGCGCAGAACGCGACGUCCUCGCGGAGAGCAACUCGCCUUGGGUGGUCCAGCUCUUCUACUCAUUCCAGGACCCGACCUACCUCUACCUCAUCAUGGAGUACCUCCCUGGUGGAGACCUCAUGUCUAUGUUGAUCAAGUACGACACUUUCUCGGAAGACGUAACAAGGUUCUAUAUUGCCGAGUGUGUGCUGGCUAUAGAAGCCGUCCAUAAUUUGGGGUUCAUUCAUCGUGAUAUCAAGCCGGACAACAUACUCAUCGACAAGGACGGGCAUAUCAAGCUGUCCGAUUUUGGUCUGUCAACCGGAUUUCACAAGCAGCACGAUUCUUCCUACUACCAGAAGCUGAUGGAUCAGGCCAACGGAGUCGCGCAGCCCAAUGGCCGCGCAAGGAAUAGCGUGGCCAUCCAGGCGAUCCAUCUGACGAUGACCUCCAAGGACCGGGACACGAUCGCCACGUGGAAGGCGAACCGCCGUAAGCUGCUGUAUUCUACCGUCGGCACGCCGGACUAUAUCGCCCCCGAGGUCUUCCUCAUGCAGGGGUAUGAUAAAGCCUGCGAUUGGUGGUCCCUGGGCGCGAUCAUGUAUGAGUGUUUGGUCGGGUAUGCCCCGUUCUGCUCCGAAACUUCGCAGGAGGUUUACAAGAAGAUCGUUGACUGGAGAAACCACUUGCAUUUCCCCGAAGACGUCCACCUCAGCCGGGAAGGAGAGGAUAUGAUCCUCCGGCUGCUGACGGACGCCGAGUACAGGCUAAACGUAGAGCAAAUCAAAGCCCACCCGUUCUUCUACGGCGUCGACUGGCCCACAAUCCGCAAUAUCGAAGCGCCGAUGGUACCCCACCUGCGCUCAAUCACCGACACAUCCUACUUCCCUACGGAGGAGUUCCCAGACGUACCCGAUGAGCCUGCGGGCGGGGAAAGCACUUCCGCUGCGAAGGACCUGGCCUUCUUGGGAUACACCUUCAAGCGGUUCUCUAUCUCGAACCACUGA